GGCCACAAAUGGAAAGGGAGGGGCCGAAGGGAAAGGCUUUAUAUUUCCUGUCCCGGGACGCAGCUCCAGGCUUGCCUCCCACACUGUCCACUCCACCAGCAGACAGCAACCAAGGUAGUACUGGGCAUAAAAUGGAUUCCCUCAGCACAGCAAAUGUUGCAUUUUGCCUUGAUAUGUUCAAAGAGCUGAAUAAUAACAACGCGGGAGACAACAUCUUCUUUUCCCCACUGAGUUUGCUUUACGCUCUAAGUAUGGUCCUACUUGGAGCCAGAGGACACAGUGCUGAACAGAUGGAAAAGGUGCUUCACUUUAAUCACAUUGCAGAAUCAUUAAAGCCCCAGUUUAAGGACUCAGCUAAGUGCGGCCAAGCUGGAAGGAUUCACUCGGAGUUUAGAGUCUUAUUCUCUCAAAUCAACCAGCCAGGCUCCAACUAUACGCUCAGCAUUGCCAACAGACUCUACGGGACGCAGGCGAUAGCAUUCCAGCAGCAAUAUUUAAACUGUUCUGAGAAGUUCUAUCAAGCCAGGCUGCAAGCAGUUGAUUUUCAACAGUCCCCGGAAGAAACGAGGCAAACUAUUAAUGCUUGGGUUGAAAGUAAAACUAAUGGGAAAAUUACAAACCUCUUUGGAAAGGGCACGAUCGACCCUUCCUCUGUGAUGGUCUUGGUGAAUGCCAUCUAUUUCAAAGGACAAUGGCAAAGUAAAUUUCAGGAGCGGGAGACGGUGAAAGCCCCCUUCCACCUAAGUGAGGGCAAGAGCGUCCCCGUGGACAUGAUGUAUCAGGCUGGGACGUUCAAGCUGGCCUUCGUCCGGGAGCCGCAGAUGCAGGUGCUGGAGCUGCCCUACGCGGACAACGCACUGAGCAUGAUCAUCCUGCUGCCGGCGGGCACGGCCGUGCUGGAACAGGUAGAGAAGCAGCUGAACGUGAGGACAUUUGACAAGUGGACCAGCCCUUCCAACAUGAUGCAGAGAGACGUUGAGGUGCACUUGCCCCGAUUCAAGCUGGAGAUCAAGUAUGAGCUGAAUUCGCUGCUGAAAUCCCUAGGGAUGACCGAUGUCUUCAACCAGAUCAAAGCUGAUCUGUCUGGGAUCUCACGAGCUGACGGCCUGUAUCUAUCCAAGGUCAUCCACAAGUCCUACGUGGACGUCAACGAAGAGGGCACCGAGGCCGCGGCGGCCACCGGGGACAACCUCACCGUGAAAAGACUCCCCAUCCGAGCUCAGUUCCUGGCGAACCGCCCUUUCCUGUUCUUCAUCAGGCACAGCGACACCAACGCCGUCCUCUUCUGCGGGAAGCUGGCCUCCCCCUGAGCGCGUGGGGGAGAGCGAGGCUCCGAGUCACCCAGAGCAGGUGCGGGGACUAACCUGUGACUCAGAGCAGCUCCCACCCCUCACACCUCGGCGCCUCAGGUUGCUUGUCCGCAGAAUGGGUCUAGGAUCUCUCCCAACUUAUUCCGUGAGUUGGUGAACCCUAAGAUUAUGGUAAACGGGGAAGAAGGUACAUUUACCAAAAAAAAAGCUUUUCUGGCUCUCUUAUCUUUGGGGCCUCUUCUGAGCGCUGUCUGGGUGACAUGAUCAAGUCCCCGAGGAACAGUUCAGAGAAUUACAUUCCCUUGACUUGUGUGCAUCUAUCCGUGAGCUCCUGCGUAAGGGACUGCUCCGCCUCUGGAAACCCAGCUGAAGCGCGCCCACUUUGGUUGGAUGUUUAAAUGGUAUGGUUUUCCUUGCACGGGUCAAUGUGCCAUUAUGGAUUUCAGUUCAAAAUUCUGUACUGACUCUAAUAAAUGCAUGAAAUGCCUUAAGUUCU